CAUCCACUUCAUCCACGAAAUGUCGUCAAGCGACGUCCGUUCCAUCCUCAACUUGCCUAAGGCGGGCCAAUCGUCCGGCUCGGGAUCGAGGAAAUCCGCCGCAGCGGCCCGCAAGCCCGAUGGCAUCUCGCGCGAGCUGUACGCCCUCAUCGGCGACAACGCGCCGUCACUCGCAGAGGCGCAGGCGUCCAUCGCGGCAGUCAAGUACCGCGACAGGCCCAAGCUCAAGUCGAAGAAGGUCAAGUGGGAGUGGACGCAGUUCACGCCGAGCGCGAACCGCAACUCUCCCCAUCCGCCGCGUCUCGGACACUGGGUUCGUGUGACCGAUGACGAUCCGCAUGCGAGGGUGGACUACUUUGGCAGCUUCAACCUCCACGGCCCGUCGGUGAUGGAGUACAGCCAGUUCGAGUACGACCAGCACCUAGUCGACCCCAACUGGUCGUCGCAUGAGACGGCGUACCUGUUCGACUUGCUGCGGACGUUUGACCUCCGCUUCGUGGUUGCGGCAGACCGGUACGAGUACCUUGGCCCCAAGGGCGACCAGUCGGCGAAGAAGCGCUCGAUCGAGGAGAUCAAGGAUCGCUACUACACCAUCUGCCGCCGCCUCGUCCGCACGCGCACAGCCAGUGACAUCCAGGUGCAGCAGCAGCAGAUUGUGCAGUACUCGUUCGACAAGGCUCGAGAGAUCAAGCGCAAGCAGUAUGCCUCGGAGCUCUUCCACCUCACGCAGGCGGAGAUUGCAGAGGAAGAGGCGCUGUACAUGGAGAUCAAGCGCCUGGAGCAGAACGAGAAGCGCUACCGUGCCGACCGCGACGAGCUGAUGCGGACGAUCAUUGGAUUGGACAGUGGUCUGGUCAACCUGGACGGCGCGAACAGCGAGGGCGUCCUGGGUCUUGACAGGUACAAGAAGAAGAGGAGGCCAGAGGACGAGACGCCAGGCAACGGACCUGGCAGCCCAGCCCCUCCAGCGAAGAAGCAGAAGGAUUCCGCAGCGUUCGACCUCACGCACUGCAUCUACCGCGUCCCUCCACAGCCGAUCGCGCCCAACUCGUCGCACCUGGCCUCGAAGCACCCUGUGCACCAGCCGGCCCACCUCCGGUCGUCCAAGAUGCCGACACCCAAGCCCAACACUGCGAUCCGUGUCACCGAGCUGCUGUCGGAAAUGGGUCUCAACAUCCACCGACUGGUCAUGCCUACGCGCUCCAACCUCGACGCCCUCGACGGCGUGCUCCAUGCCGCGGCCGCGCUUGUGGACAUGAAGCGCCAGGUCGACCGCGUCGAGCAGGAGAUCCGCACCUUCAAGGCGCAGCGCGAGGGCUUUGUGCCACCGGUGGAGCCGUCAAGAAAGCGUUCCGAAUCGGUCCUGUCCACCGACACCGGCUCGUCGCUCAUCAAGGCGCUCAAGGGUGCGCAGGACCCGACCCCAAGCGGGCAGCGCAAGAUUGCGCUCGCCUCCGCCGCGUGGGCCGACAACACGCUCCUCAUCCCGCGCAAGGCAGACGUGCUGCGCGACUGGGUGCUCGAGGCGUGGAUGCGGAGCAAGCCAUCCGCUGCAAGCCCGCUCCUCGACCCGGCAUACCAUGCGCUCCUGGUCUCCGUGUCCCCCUCCUGCUCGGCCCCGCCGACGGCCCCCCUCUCCCUCCUGGGCAGCUACAUUGCCGCUGCGUCCGCCGCGUCGCCUCCCGAAGGGCUCGGCGCCGCCGUCUCCCUGUCGCUUGGACAGCUCUUCCACACGACAGAGGGGAGCAAGGCCGACGCGUGGGCCGAGAUCUGGGCAAAGCUCGUCGCUGCGCUCGCCUCGCCGUCGGCGCCGGUCGACGCGCUCCAGCCAGUCGCGGUGCUCGUGGGCGAUGCGCUGUCGGCCACGCUGCCGACGUCGCCGAACGGCAAGAAGAUUGCGCAGAGCUUACACCCCUCUCUUGGAGCGUACGCUGCCACGCUGGCGCACCACGCGUCGCUGAAGCCCGUGUUCGAGGAGCUGACUGGCGCGCUCUUCUUUCCCCUGCCGGUGUUGCAGACGCUCGACCCGCUCAAGACGCUCCUCACGUCGCUUGCCACCUCCGAGCCCCUCCCCGCCCUCGCUGCGAUCCCGCACCUCUUCGCGACCUUCAUCGCCGCCACCACGCAACACAGGUACUCGCUCUACGCGAAGGGCGGGGACCGGCGCCCCGUCGACGUCGUCGUGGCGGACAAGGUGCGCGCGGCCGUGACACCGGCACUUGGCGCCUGCCUCGAGCUCGUGAACCGCCUCGAGGACUCGGUGCUCAGCCGCCCCGGCGGAUCAACGCCGUCAGCGAGCCGCACGGCCGUCGUCGAGGGCCUGUGGAGCUCGCGUCUCGCGCUCUGGACGGCGUUCCACGCCUGGGGGGGAUACCUCGAGACUGACGCCAACGCCGGCCAGCUCGUCGCGAGCGAGGCCCAGCGCGCUGCGUCCGCGCUGGCGCUGUACGGCGCUACCGAGGCCGCUGCUGAGGACGAAGGCUUGGCAGGCAGGAUUCUGCGCACGCUGGAUGUUCUCGAACGGCUGGAUCACACAAGGACAGCGGUCAACACCGAGGUGGUUGGAUGGUGCUUGGCUUCUCCGGCACGCACGCAUCCCGCGGCGAGGACACUCCUGUCUUCAAUCCUCCGCUUCCACCAGCUCACGCGGUUGCUGGACGUCUUCUUCGAUCUGGUGUCCGACGCGUGUGCGGGUCUGUUUGACGCCUCGUUGCCUUCAAACGCGCUCGCACCGCUGUACUCGCUCGUCGCGGCGGGCCCAUUGACGGACAAGGCGUUCCGCGACGAUCUCGCCGCCGCGGUACGGGCGACCAACCUCGGUGGCCGGCGGAGCGUGCAGUGGGCGAGCCUGCUCGAUUCGCUGGCUGCCCGCGUGCGUGCCGCGCUCUCCCAAGAAGUGGGGAGCAAGCGUAAGCGCGAGCUCGAUGGCCCCGCCCGCCUGGUUGCAGUGUUCAGCAGGCUCGUGAAGAUCGUGCUUGAUGCCGGCGCGCGUGCGCGCCCAGGCGUCGAGCACGUCGAGGCGGCCAUCGGCGCCGCGGCGCGUGCGUUCGCCGACGCUGAGAUCCCCGCGGCGGCUGGUGAUGCCGACGCGCCGAAGAAGAAGCGCAAGUCGGACGUUGGCGCGCGGGAUAUCGCCGGCGACCUCGCCUUCGCUGCUCGCCUCCGCGUCGCGCGCUCGGCCGGCCUCCUCCACCGCAAAGCGGAGUACGGGCUGGACGUGGGCGCGCUGUGCGGUCUGCUUGAGGCGCCGGGAGUCGUGCCAGAGCUCCAGCUUGAGAUUACACACUACCUGUACACCCGGUUAUCCCUGUUUGCCCACGACGAAGACGCGCACCGCGCCGCGUCCGUUGACGCCCUGCUGCACGCGCUCGACGCGUCACCGAAGCGCGCGUGGACAGGGCGCGAGGCGGGCGUUACGGACAAGACGCUCGCCGCAGCAGCGUGGACGAUCGUCGCGCAGGGUGGGCUCGCGCCGCUCGACGUGACCGCCACACCUGCCCAGCUCGAGCGUCUCGUUUCCAUCGUCAUCUCGCGCGCUGGUGCCGAGCCGGGUCUGUCAGUCGGCGCGGCGAUCCAGCGCCUCCUGUCCUCCGCCGACACGUGGGAGCUGCCUGCGUUCCGCGCAGCGCUGCUCAAGGCGCUCGUCGACGCCGCCAAGUCGCGCGGCGCGUUCGUCGUCCUCUCUACCUGUCCCGCCGCGUGGCUGUCCAAGGGCGCGCGUACUGCGCUCCUGGAUGCAGCCUACGCUGUUGACAAGGACGCUUCGCCGGAGACACAGGUGGCCAUCCGGACCUGGCUGGCGAGGCUGGCCAGCGCCGACGUGUACGGCCCGCUCACCGACGCCAAGGUGGUCAAGAAGCUGUUGAAAUCGGCGUCCUCUCCAGAGCUGGCCGACGCGACCCUCGCGCUGGUGCACCUUGCAUACCAGCACAUUGCCAAGUUGGCCGCCCGCGACCCCGCACCUCUGAUCGCCACGCUCGACGAGGCGAUCAAGUCCAAGUCGUUCAAGGACCCCACCGAUGUGCGCUCGCGCGCCGUCGCGCUGCUCCUCGAGGACAUUGUGGCCUCGGGCAACGCUGAGCGCUUCAGCGCGGACGUCAAGUCCAAGCUCGGCGAGCUGGAGGCCGUCGCGCGGGCGGCACUUGCCCCCGUGGUCGAGAGCGCGCUCGCCUCGCCGGCCGCCAACGCCGAAGUGUUCCGCUCCUGGCGCUCGCUGGCGCGCUUCUCGUCCUGGCUCGGCUCCCCAGUGUCCGACAAGACGGGAGCGGCCCUCCUCUCGUCCAUUGUGCGGACGCGCGACGCCGAGCUCGCAGUCGUCGCGUUCGACCUCUCGGCCUCGGCCGAGGCCGAAGCCGUCCUCGCAGCCUUCAUCGUCCUCCGCGCCACGUUUCCCUCAGACACAGCACUGGACACGGCGUUCGCGUCCUACGCCAAGACGCUCACCAGCGAGACGUUCACUGCGGCGCUCACCGCGGCCUCCUCCCUCGUCGCCAGCCAGCGCGACGCGGAAGCAGAGGGCGCGCUGCGCGCCAUCUCCCUGCUCGUCUCGGCGCCGGUCGAGGGCUCGGGCCGCGCGAUCGCGACGCUCCUCCACCCGCUCCUCCUCUCGCUAGAGGGCGCGAUGCGCGGCUGCGUCGGCGUGAUCGCGCAGGCGCUGGCCGUGCUGUCCGCGCUGGUCGACGACCGCACCGGCCUCCUCCGCGCCCCAGACGGCGCGCUCAUCCUGUCCGCUAUCGCGGCCGCGCUCGUCCCCUCCUCCGACAGGCCGGCCGCCUGCGCACCGCACCUCGUGCCCGCGGCGCUCAGCCCGCUCAUCACGCUUGUGCGCCAUCGCGCCGACAUCGCCCUCGCGCACCUCCCUGCGCUGGUGGGCGUGCUCGCGGCCUUCUUCCCCCUCCUCCAGCGCAAGCGUGGCGCGCGGACAAAGGGGACCCGGAAGCCGUUCUGGCUCGCCAUCGAGCCCCGGGAUGAUGACCCGGCAGCCGCACACGCCGCGCUGCUAGCGCGCGCAUUUACGAACCUCGCCACGGCCAAGCUGCCGACGACGGGCGACGCCCCGGCGCGGACCCUCGCAGGGCCGUUGGCCAAGCAUGCGCCUGCCCUGCUUGUGGCGUAUGCGCGCGCAGCUGCCGACCCGUGGGCAGGCUUGUCAACUGCCGUGCGGCGCGAGCUCGAGCCGGGCCUGUUCAGCCUCUGCGACAUUGUCACUGCUGGCGGCCGUGCCGACGGACGCGGGAGGGAAGGCGAGGGUGUCGGCGCGCCGUUCGGCCUCGGGGACGGGGCGGGCGGCGCGGCCGAGCACGAGAUCUGGGCCGACACAUGGCGCGCCUGGAGCAGGAAGCGGUACACUGGUCAGGGAUAG